AUGCCCACAGCGGAACCACUGCCUAAUCAUCACCAGAACGGGAAAGAACCUGCAGCACCCUGCCGAACGUGUAUGGAUUUUAAAUCAUGGUCUAAACAGCAACGUAAAUCCCUUAGCACCAGCUCUGCCGCAAGCAGUAGUAGUGUGGCAAAAGCUUCUUCCGAUACGGAGGUAGCACACCGCAAAACGGACAACUCGGACGAGCGAAACGGUGGAUCACCACCAAACUGUCCGUUGGACAAGGAACGUCUUGGCCGGUACACCUGGGGUUUGCUGCAUACGAUAGCCGCAUACUAUCCAACCGUUCCGACCGAAACGGAGGAGCGGAAUGUGCGAACAUUUUUCACCUCCUUCUCGAAGCUUUACCCGUGUGAAUACUGUGCAAAAGAUUUCCAACAAGAAUUAAAAGAUAUGCCUCCGGACACCAAAUCCCAACACGCUCUGUCUCAGUGGCUUUGCCGAAUACACAAUCGGGUAAACAUGAAGCUGGGCAAACCCGAAUUUGACUGCACAAAGGUGAACGAACGAUGGCGAGACGGUUGGUUGGAUGGUUCGUGUGAUUGAAGGCGUUUUUCGG